CCAACGGAUACGGGCUGAUGAUUGGUUCCUUUUGUGGGCCUCCUUGGCUAAUGGCAGUCCGGGAAGGAGAAAGGAGGCGGGUGCUUCAGGCGUAGAGCGGGUUAGAACUGCGCCGGCUGGGCGCAGUGGUUGCUUUGGAAGCGGUAGGUUUCCGUGGUGAGGACGGACUCGGGUGGAGAGUGCUGUGCAGCGGCAAGGGCAGCAACAGUCGCCCCUGGUCUUGCGCACUUGUCUCCUGCGAGAACGCGCACGCCGAAAGAGCGCGGAGCUCCCCCUGCAGGAGCGAAGGGCAUUCUCAGUGGGACCAAGGAAAGAGUGGGGGAAAUAGUCAAUUCUAUGAAGUCUUCUGAAAGAGCAGCAGUCUCCAUUGCUAAAGCUACCAUCUUGGUUCUACAGUCAUUUGGAAACAAGAGUACAACACUCUUCUCUGUUACUAAAUAAACAGCAUUCAUAUUGGGAUAUAUACUAGCAUCAAGCCAACAAGCAAAACUUCAAUCUUUAUCGCUGGCCGAAUAUAAACCAGUGUGAUGUUGAAAUGAGAUGAGGCUCCGAAAUGGAACUGUGGCCACCGCGUUAAUUUUCAUCACAUCUUUCCUUAGUUUGUCUUGGUAUACAGCAUGGCAGAAUGGGAAAGAAAAGUUGAUUGCUUAUCAAAGGGAAUUUCAUGCUUUGAGAGAACGUCUGCGCGUCGCUGAGUACAGAACCCUGCAGCGCUCCUCUGAAUUAAAUGCCAUCUUGGAGCAGUUCAAACGUGCAGUGGCAGAAACAAAUGGAAGUAAGGAUGCCCUGAGCAGCGUUUCAGAAGAAACCUUAAAAUUGUUAAAGGAGCUAACAAGCAAAAAAGCUCUUCAAGUGCCAAAUAUAUAUUACCACCUGCCUCAUUUGUUGAAAAAUGAAGGAAGCCUUCGACCUUCUGUGCAGGUUGGCCUUGGACGAACAGGAGUUUCUAUAGUAAUGGGGAUUCCUACUGUAAAGAGAAAAGUAAAAUCCUACCUUACAGACACUCUUCACUCGCUGAUUGAUAAACUAUCUCAAGAAGAGAAACAGGACUGUGUGAUGAUAGUCUUCAUAGGAGAGACAGAUCUUGACUAUGUAAAUGAUGUUCUAGCAAGCCUAGAAAAAGAGUUUUCUACAGAAAUCAGUUCUGGUUUGGUAGAAGUAAUAGCCCCACCUGCAUCUUAUUAUCCUGACUUCACACAAUUAAAAGAGACCUUUGGAGACUCAAAAGAGAGAGUCAGAUGGAGGACAAAGCAAAAUCUGGAUUAUUGUUUCCUUAUGAUGUAUGCACAGAAAAAAGGUGUUUACUACAUUCAGCUGGAGGAUGACAUUGUUGUCAAGCAGAAUUACUUCAGCACAAUAAAAAACUUUGCGCUUCAGUUGUCUUCUGAGGACUGGAUGAUUCUAGAAUUUUCUCAGCUGGGAUUCAUAGGUAAAAUGUUCCAGUCUCCUGAUAUUACUCUAAUUGUAGAGUUCAUAUUUAUGUUUUAUAAGGAGAAACCUAUUGACUGGCUCUUGGAUCACAUUCUUUGGGUGAAAGUUUGUAACCCAGAGAAAGAUGCAAAACAUUGUGAUCGGCAGAAAUCAAAUCUAAGAAUACGCUUCAGGCCUUCCCUUUUCCAGCAUGUGGGCCUACACUCCUCUCUAGCAGGGAAGAUUCAAAAACUCACAGACAAAGACUUCCUAAAGCCGUUGCUGCAUAAAAUCCAUGUAAAUCCACCUGCAGAGGUUUCCACAACUUUAAAGGUCUACCAUGGACAUGCACUUGAAAAAGCCUAUAUGGGUGAAGACUUUUUCUGGGCUGUCACGCCAGUUGCUGGGGACUAUAUUCUGUUUAAAUUUGACAAGCCUGUUAGUUUGGAAAGCUACCUGUUCCAUAGUGGCAACCCAGAACAUCCUGGGGAUAUAUUAGUGAAUACAACAGUGGAAGUGUUACCUUUUAAGAGUGAAGACUUGGUAUUGAGCAAAAAAACCAAAGAGAAACAAUUAGAAGAUGGGUUUUUCAGAAUAGGCAAAUUUGAGGAUGGUGUAGCAGAAGGAACAGUUGAUCCCAGUCUAAAUCCAAUUGCAGCUGUCCGUCUUCUGGUAAUACAAAAUUCAUCUGUGUGGGCAAUUCUAAAUGAGGUUCAUAUUAAAAAGCUCCCCAAUUGAUCAGACUUGAGAGGAAGAAAAAGAUAUCUCCAUAUUUUGCAAACUUUUCUGUGAAAUCGUCCAUCCUUUAAAUCGCAGAGUAAAGACACUGAGCAUGCACCUUAAUUCCAACUCUUAUUUCUCACUGAAACUCUACCUCCUGUGAAGUCUACUGUAGUUGAGAAGAUUGACCCAGCAAGAAGGGGUUACUUGCAGUCUAGAAACUGAUAUUCUUCUGGUUAUUUAUCUAGAUCCACAAUUUCCUCCUUUUGAACAUGACUUUGCUGCCUAAAGAUCACAGUAAUCUCUUUCUCCUAUUCAACAGUGAUAGGAUAUGUUACAUAAAAGUUGUACAUAUUGUUACAUUCCUUGAAGAUGAAAAAUAUAGUUGUUUAAAUACAUUUUAUGAAGGGGAUACUUUUUGGAGGUCCAUUUAGUUUGCUAAUGCAAACCCUCUUUUAUAGAUUAUCAGGGAUAUAUAUUCAAAAGCAUUAGGGAUAUUUAAUUUAUUAAAAUGAUUUGAAAAGUACAUAUUUUUAUGCAGGUAAAUAACUUGAUGCAAUUUUUUUUAAUGAAUGACCUUAUUUCUUGAGUUUAUUCUACAUUUUGCUUUGAUAAUGAAAUAACCAUCUUUUGUAAUAUACUGCCAUGGUUAGGAGAGCUAAACUGAGUUUUGCAAAUGAAGCACUUUUGUACCAUACCAAGGGCACAAUCCGUGAAGUUCUCCUGGAUAAGCACCAUUAAAAUGAAUGGAUAUUGCACAGGAGAACUUCUCUGUGGCUUGUUCCCAAGUCUAGGAAAUGAAUGUUCACUGGCAUAAGCAUUACUAGCAAGGACUUAGAAGAACAUUACCCAUAAUGCUCACAGUCCAAAACGUGCAAUCUUAGAUAGCAGCAUGUUGAGAAAUUUUGUAUGUCAGUAUGGUGAGUGAACUCUGCAGUGAAUUAAGGUUUGAUUCAACUCCCCUCAAAGGGAAAUUUUGAUAAUAGGCUAUUCUUUUUUAAUCUUUGUAGAGCCUUCUGAAACACAUCCAUGUUAUUUCUUUGGAGAGGAAAGCAUUCUGAAGUUUUUUGGCUUUUUUCCUUUGGUUUGCAUUCCCUUUUGUAUGGACUCUGUUCAGUCUUUAGGAAUGACUUAAAUUACCAUUUUAUUAAGAAUAAUAAUAGAAAUACACAAUAACCUCAGCUGAGCUUUUUAAAUGUGACUCUCAGAGUAUUUACUUUUAAGUAUUUUAGUGAUUUCUUUUUCAUACAGAGGGCCUAGCUCCCGCUAAAUGUUUUGCACUCCAGCUGACUGAAGCGAGAGAGCUUGUGUAAGCUUCAAAUGUUGGUUGUCUUUUAUACUUCAAGGACACGAAUGAGAGACGUCUGCUUGGUCAGUAGCCUUGAAGAGAGGCAAUUCAAGCACUUUGUGCUCUGCAGCACAGUAAACAUGCAAUAGUACCUAAUGAGAGUAAAAACGCUUUUUCUUAAUCACACCCCAGCCAAGAUAUGAGAAGCUGAGCUUUUACCUCGACUGCACAUCUGUAACUCAUGCAGGUAAACCAAGUUUACUGAAAUGGUGGUAGCUUAUGUCAUGGGCUAAUUCCUAGAUACUUCUGUAUCUUGGAUGUAAGCUUUUGCCAAAAAUGGGUGUCUUGCCUUUUUUCAAGAGUAAACAUGAUUUCUAGUAUGGUGAUGCGAUUGGGCAGCUGCCUACUCCCCCCCCCCAGUCUGUUGUGAUAGUCAUCAUACCAAGAUAAGCAAGUUUUUCAAGAUGUUUUCACAAUAGAUGGUGACUACUGCUCUUUUAAUUUUUUUUUUGUGAAUCUACCCUAUAUUUAUGGAAUUGCUUGACUGAAACUCCUUACAUUGCCCUUGUUUGAGAAUAUACAGAAGCAUUUGAGAGCUUGUAUAGUAUGGUGGCUAAGAGCCUAAGCUGUGAAAUAGAAAGUCCAGGUUCAAACACCAUCUCUGUCAUAAUGCUACUGAGUGACCUUAGGGAAGCCACCAUCUCUGUCUUAGUCCCACAUUUCCCACAUGGGGAUAAUGCUGACUGCCUUCAUGGGGUGUUAUAAGGAUUGCUGAGUUCGUGUGUGGUGCUUUGGACAUUCAAAAGCACUGUAGAAAUGUUAACAUAAUUUGGAAGAGAAGAAGUUGCAAACUGUCUAUGACACACAAUGAAAUGAAUGUGCCAGUUUAGUGUACACAUAGCAGCUGAGGAAGGGACAGUUAACACAUUUUGUAUGUCAGUAUGGUGAGUGAACUCUGCAGUGAAUUAAGGUUUGAUUCAACUCCCCUCAAAGGGAAAUUUUGAUAAUAGGCUAUUCUUUUUUAAUCUUUGUAGAUAGAGCCUUCUGAAACACAUCAAAAAAAAUAUUUUUGCUUGAUGUGGGAAUGACACUCACCCAAGCUUAAUUCUAAGCAAAAAAUUAAGAAAAACUUGAGAUUGGGUGGGGAAACUUUCAAAAUUAAUGUUUUGGAUAUGUUUCGUAUGUGAACAGGGGACUAUUUGCUUGAUGAUAUGAAUGUCAGCUUUUCUCAUUGUUUUGCUCUGAAAAACAAUAGAACUAGCCUUAGAUUGUAGACAGCCUAGCAAAUCAUUGGGUUAUGUGCUCCUGAGACUAAGCUUGACAUUGCUGUUCCCAGUCUCUUGUUCCAAUAGGGACUGUGGACAUUUGUCAACAUUUGAUGCUAAAAUUAGCCUAAUCUCCUACAAUUUGUUAACUUUAAUUAGAUGUUCUCUUACCAAGUCCCAAUAAUCAGUCACCCUUCUGAGUUCAUGCCUUCUGGCCAAAUUACUACCCGCACUUUUGUUACAUAGGUCACUGCCUUAUACCAAAUCAAAGCAUUGAUCUGUCUAGCUCAGUAUAUUCUACACUGACUGGCAGUAACUGUUGAGGCCUUCAGAUGUGUCUUUUCCCAACCCCUGGAGAUGCCAGGAAUUGAACCAGGGACUUUGUGCAUGCAAAGCAGAUGGUCUUCCAUGAAGUUCUGAUUUUUGAGCUAAUUUGUUAGUCAAAUUAUCUGAACUCAAAUCCGGCCUCUAUUGCACUGCACUGAGCCCCACCCUAAUAGUAUGGCUUUUUAAAAAUCAGCACAAAUGGGAAACUUUCUAAUUUAUACCUUAUACCAUGUGACACAUCAUGCAGGUAAGAGGCAAUGCAGAUAUGGUAUGGAGGGAAGAACCCCAAAGUUUAUUGUAUCUUGCAAAGUAGCUAAUGGUUGCAAAUAUUACUAGAUGUAAAAGGAAGGGCAACUUGCUUGCCCAGGCAGCACUGGAUCAGAUGCAAUUUGGCUCAAGCUUAGAUCAGUUACCAACACACACCACCAAUAGAUCCUACUGGCCAGGGGGCAAGGACAUCUGAAUGGACCAAUCAGUGAAGCAGCAUGCAAUUUAAUUCUUAUGCAGAACUUCCUAAUUGGACCUUGCCCCAGCCACAAAAGUAGCCUGCAUGAUGGAGAAGGAGCUGCUGCCGCCCACCCAUGUGACAGCAGUGUUAUCUUUGUGGAAUCAUUGGUUUGGCUUCACUCAGUGUAUUAUUAAGGGUGUAAUAAAGAUCAUUAUUUAAGGGCAUUUACAAAGGUAAUCUUGUUUCAAACUGAAUUUCAUUCUGUAGCUAUACUUAGGGUAAGUCAAAACUUUCAUUUUAGGAAAAGGUGGGGGGCAUCUAGAAAAUUUUAUUUACAUGUGAAUAGACUAUGCUUCACAAGUUGAUGCCAGACAUUUUCCUGAAUAGAAUGUUUGCUCUAGCACAAAGCAAUUUGUAAAGAGUGUACUGUUUCACAAAUUAAGUUUCCUAUACUUAAGAGCAGAACUUGAAACAAUGCUAUGUAUUAGAUUUGUGAUAGUGAUAGGGAAACUAUUUUCCCUUUGCAGUAGCAAGACCUGUUUCCACUACAUAAAACUUAAUAUAGAAAGUAACCUUUCUCUAAACUAUGGUAACUUAGCAAUGUUGUGGUGCAUUAAUACUUCCAAGUGGUUGACACAACCUUAAUGUAAGUGCAGUUUAACUGCAGGCUCGGUUAUUGACACUAGUCUGUCAUUGAGCACGUAUCUCACAACUGAGAACCACAGACUUUCUCUGAGGCAGAAAAACAUAGCUAUUUUCAAAUGAGCAAAUAUCAGUUGUUAAAGGGUGGCAAGAUAAUCUUUGGUGCUAAAAGUCCCCAGUAAAAAAAGAGAUGGUUCUUGACUCACCUGCUUUUCUUCCUCCUCUCUGCUCCCCAACACAAGAGGAAGUGAUAAUCCAUUACUUACUUGCAGGCCAGGUACACCCUUUUUCUUCUCCCUUCCCACCCCAAUUCUGUUGAGAAUGAACAGGCCUCUGAUGGUCACUCCUUUUUCUGAAGGAUCAAUCAACUUGUGCUUUACUUGAAUUAUAGGGAGUGGCUCUUUUGCUAAGAUUUUGAAUAUGCUAUUUUGAAUGUUUCUAGGCCUUAACAAUGGCUGACAGAGUUAAGAGGACUGCCAGCAGGUUUGAUUGCUCCUUGCUUAUACUUUUUCCUAGGGAAGGUUACAUUUUAGUGAUAAAAUAUUUGAUGGUCAGUAGUAGCUGGUUUACUGUGUUAAAAAAAAGUCCAUAUGAAUACAGUUUAGGAAUAGGGUAACUUUUUCAGGCUGUUUGCUUUAUCGUUGCCAACUUCUGUUUCUGACCUUGUGCAAUCUGCAAUUUUGUUCAUACAAUCUGCUUUUUUUGACACUCCACAUGUUUCCCAUUAACUAUUUACAGUACUUGCUGUAAAACCUUUUUUGAGCUCAAAUUCAACUUUGUUAAUCUUGCUGCUAUAUUUGAAAACCUAAUUGGGUCAUGUUAACUGUGCCUUUCAUCAAUGUUCUAUGUGCCACAGCUGCCCAUGUAAUAUUUGAAAUAAAUAUUUAAAACAAA